GAGCGUCUCGAGUACCAGCGAAUGCUUGAAGAGGCCACGGGCAGAUUUGGCGCAGAGGAUUCGCCGGCGCUGCCACCGACGAUGCCGGAGAAUGUGGCUCUGAUGGGAGAGUAUAUCGAACCGGCGCCUCGAUACUACAUCAAUCCUAACGACCAAUGA